AUGAAUAAUCUUCUUCGCACCUUGACAGAGAGCCGGCUGCAGGCCGCGCCAGAUGCCAAUCUCAAGCUUCUGCUCACCACUGUCAAGGAAGGCCGACGGCAGAGCCACGACGCGAAGCUAGCGGACCCCUUCUACGAGUCUCUAGAAGGCCUAUUGCAUGACCUACGAACAAUCACUAUUGACAAUCGCGACGCGGAGGCAUUCCUGCGCCCGGUGAACAGGUCGGAGGUACCAGACUACUAUGACGUCAUAUCGACACCUAUGGACCUGCAGACGAUGCUCAGGAAGGUAAAGCAAAAGACAUACAAGUCGAAACGCGAGUUUAAAGACGACCUGGAUCUGAUAUGGUCGAACUGCCGCACGUACAACGCAGCAGAGAACCACCCUCUCCAGCUAUGUGCGAGGCGCCUGCAGGCAAAGGCGGAACGUCUGCUGAAGAAUAUAACCGACCGGAAAGAGCGCACCGACCCCACGAUACCGUCUGAACUGCCGACGCGAUCGAAGCUUAAUGGCGUGAACGGAUAUUCCAAGUACCGAUCACCAUCGUACCGUGCCGAGACUCCCCGCUCAACGCCUUCAGUACUCAAGAGACACUCUCUGAAAGGCGUUCCUUUUGCCGAGUCCCCCGCUAUCGUCCGCACGCCGGAGAGCAUGGCUGCGUUCGCGCGGCUGGACAGAGACCUUGACUCGCAGGACCCAACUAAGCAAUCUGCCGCCGCUGAACAAAUACGUGAAUACGCAUCAUGUUCUCGACUUGGUGGCGACUCCCGCGAAGAUGACUUUCAUCCUAUGGACAUUGACGAAAUCGGCGAUAAACGCAAACUAAACGGCGUUGACCAUCGGCCACGGAAACGCACACGAUUUACUUCCCCUCCGUUAGAUACUGAUGAUAUUACUCAUUUAUGGUGGAAGGCUGCGCAUUCGGACGAAUUACUCGGCAGCGGCCUCCCGUCCAUCCCAUUCCCCUCAUCCUACUCUCUGCGCAAGGGCAAGCCUUCCAUCAUAUCUAGAGAACCGCCCUCGUCGCCUACAGCCAAGCGCAGAGGACGCAGGAAAGUCGAGGCGGACCCGCCUCCGCCGCCCAAAGCGCUGCUGACACUGAUGAACAACAACAUACGUACAAUGCGGCGUGUGCGCCAGAUCCACAGCAAAUUUGCUGCGCUGAACAUCAAUACUUCGAAUAACGAAGACGGAGACGGCGUAGUUGGUGAUGGGCCUGCGUUUACCAUCGGUUCCGGAUCGGGGAGCGGCGGUGGGGUUAUAGAAGAGGAUAUGAGCGCCGUAGGGGUCGUCGAUGUCGAUCAGAUUGACGAACAGCCAUGGUUGGCUCGCAUGCGGGGACGGCGGAAGGUGAAAGGGGGCAUCGAGAUGGGCGAGCGCAACGCUACCGACUGUUUGAAAUGGACAUGCAGUAAGGUCUUAGAACAUUCUGGGUUUCAAGGUACUUCGCGGGAGGCACUGGAUGUUUUGGUUGGCGUUACAGCGGAGUACCUCUCGAACGUCGGUCGCACGAUGCGCUUUCUUACUGAUAAGCACGCCCACACUAUGCUACCAGAGGAAAUUAUCCUCCAUACUUUAUUCGAGAGUGGUACCUCUCAGGUGCAAGACCUCGAACGGUAUAUUUCUGAUGACAUAGAGCGUUAUGGCGCCCGGAUCACAGAUUUAGAGAAGAAGCUUGAUGGGGCGUAUCGCGAAGUCACUGCUGCUGAUCAGCAGGAAGAUGAGGGGCUUUUCGAAGAGGACGAAGAAGACGGCGGUGCUCUUGUGCUCGGCAACUUUGCCGAUGCCUUUGGAGAAGAUUUUCUGGGCCUUCGAGAGCUCGGUAUUGCUGCAGAGCACGGUCUUUCAAGCCUUACCAUCCCGAAGCGACUCCUCAAAGGGAAGAAAGGGGAUGGCAAGUCCAACGCAUCUUCCGCGAAACCCACCGAACCACCCCCACCGUUCCCACCCCCACCCCCGUUCAUCCCCCUCGAUUCCACCAAAGUCGAGAAUCAGAUCGGUCUACUCAAACCAUACUACCAAUCUCGCAUUUCGUCGCUCUCUACAACUACCUUUAUACCCCCUCUCCCCGGACCUGUACCCUACCCCGCAUCCGCUACACCUUACGGGCUCCCGCCGCACGGCGCCCCUCCCGAACCCCAGCCACUGGCUGUCAUCACGCUCCCCGACGACCUCCCUGCUCUCGCGCAGACCAAGAUGGGCCCGCUCGGACAGAUACUCAAAGCCGGCCCCGCGGCUGGAUCAUCCAAGAAAAAGGGCAAAUCUGCGAAUGCUAAUGCUAACAACACUGCUAAUGCCAUCAGUGUGAUGAAGACGGAAGGCGAGGAUGCCAUUAUCAAUGGUACUCCGCCGAGUGAGCCCGCGACUGCGGCUGCGCCCAAGAAGAAGAAGGGCGUACUGGGCGUAGGCUCGGGCAAUGGGAGGAAGAAGAAGUUCGGGCCCGAUGGUCAGCCUCUAGCGGGGGAUGGCGCGGGCGGACAAGGGGGUACGCCCAUGCCGCUGCCAGCUGUUACGGCCAGCGCGUGA